CGCGUUGUUUGCCGCGCUGUGGUAUUACAACGCUACAGGCAGCUCCGUGGUACAGCUUGAUCCAGACGCACACGGUACAGAGGUUCGUUACUAUGGCUUCCAUAUCCGGCAUACUACGAUAAAGUAAACCGAGAGCGGGUCAGAAACACCGAAAGCCGUGCGUGGUUAGUGUUUUUUUUUGAAAAUGUCACUUCUUCUCCAAGCAACCCGUCGAAGAACCAGUUUAGUUUAGGGUUGCUUCCCGUCCAAGAUCGUCGCCAGUUAUCCAUCCAUAUCCGUGUGGUUUGCAACAUGAUUCAUACGAACGUGCCCGCGUACGAUGUUGUGAUAUGAUGAGAUCAUAACUUACUCGCCGAAGCAUACGCAAUGAGGUAAUGCGUUAUUUCUAAGUCGCACCGGAAUGCAUACAUAGCUUAAAUCCGAACGAACUCAAGGACGGGCGAGUUUUAAUUUAUUCAUGGUUGUGCAGCUGUGUUUAUGGUCGAUUCGGCAGGCUGUGCUGGGUGUGUAGUGCCACAAGGGAGAAAGAAAAGAAAACAAGAAAUCCAAUCGUCGGUCGGUGGUUGUGUGGUGCGCUUCGUUCGCACUAAAUCAACGUUGGUGGAGUGAAAAUCGCACAGAACGUGACCGGAACCAUGACGAUUCUGUGCUCCCAUCAUCGUAUCGUGGAAAAGGAACCGUCCAAAGUAAAUCCCCGCUGGAAGUCCUGUACCGUGUUUUCGUUGCUGAUGAUUGUGUCAUCGUGCCUGGUGGUUAGUUUCAGUUUGCACGGUCUAAUUGCAGACUACAAACACCAUUGUUUGCUAAAAGCAAACCUACAUUUUGUGCCGAUAGCAGUCGAGAAUGGCUCCGAUACCGGAACGAACCAAACGGCUGUUCAAUAUGGCAUCGAUGAAUAUUGGAGCAAUUGGAACAGUGGGUUGUACUGUGAGACCCUCAAAAACAUGCCACUCUUCCAAGGAAUCUGUUGUACGAUAUGGUUAGCUCUUUUCCUAGUGCACGGCCCAGGAGGAAUUCUUCCACAACCCUGGCGGAUAGUGUUUCCGUCAUUGAUAUUUUUCCUAGGCUGCACGGUCGUGUCCCUGCUAACGGCGAGUUUCAUCACCCAGGGCCUGAGGCAUCUUUGUGCCGAGUUUCAGAAGGUGGACUCAGUUCAGGGUAUGAGCUGCGCCCGGUUGAUACUUUACUUUUCGUUAGUCCAGGACACCGCGGCGCUGGUGCAGGUGGAUAAGAACUUUUUCCUAACGCUGGCAUUCUCCUGGAUCUGGGUCGGCGCUACUGUGUUUGGGUUAGUGAUAAUACUGCUCCGCAUCGUACUGAUGCCAGACUUUGAGCUAUUUCGAGUCGUCGUAUCGAUGCACGGAAUGCGUAAAGAUCUUCCCAUGCUUCAAACAGAAGAAUCGGCUAGUUGUACUACUUCUGAGCUAUGAGUUUUGGAAUUGCUGAAUAAAUCAAGGGUGUGUUGUGUGCAUAUUAGUGAUACUAAACAAAUACUACAGUAACCUCUCAAACGUGACGAAGACAGGUCAGGUUUUACUGAUCAAAUAUAGAAGGUUCCACUUUUCUGUUAACUUUAGGAUAGUUAUGCAGUUUUCGUACUUGGUGGGCAUGAAUAAACUUAUAACAUUGUGAA